GUCCUUUCUCAUCACUCUCAUCGUACUUACCCUCUUAUCGAUCGGCCACAAUGACACGGAAGAAAAAUAAAGGAAAGAAACAGGAUGCAACCUCGAAGAUACCAAAGCCAAAGCCUUCCAGUAGCAAAAGCAGGCGGGGAACAACUAAAUCGACUGGGAUCAGCAGAAUCAAUGAGCGUUUACCCAACGAGCUUCUAGCUUACAUUUUUUCCACUGCGAUUAUCAGCCUGCUUCCAAUAAACCACAGGUCCUUCCUCGCUCAAGUGUGCAGCAUAUGUCGCCGUUGGCGGGAUGUUGCUAUCGAGGCAUCUGAGCUUUGGACCACCAUUGUUAUACAUAAUCCUAACCAUGUUCCAUCUGCGGAACUCUUCCUUGAACGAUCAAAGACGCGACUUCUGGAUGUUGACGUCCAGGUCGCCUUUGGUCAAGGCGGGUUCCGGGGACCUUCGGCGACUUUCAGUCGACAAUCUGGGCUUCGAGUUGCGGAGUUGACAUCGGUCCAUCUUUGGCGUACGAGGACACUCUCCUUGAGCAUUAGCGAUACUCAAGGCGCCGAAAAAUUUUCUGCGUUGUACCGACCGGUGUCAACUCCGCAUCUCGUUAGCCUUUCCGUUUAUGUCAAAGGGUGGUCACAAAACUCUCCCCCCUUACUUGAUUCCAUUUGUUCAGUCGGUUCUAAUGGGAAUGGAGGUUUAUCAUCGAACACAACCUCAGUCUCUGGGCUUACCAGACUCGAGCUGACAUCCGUUCAUCCUAAGCUUGAAGAUGUGCGGAAAAUAUUCACUCACUUUCCAUCUCUCGAAACUCUCAUCCUAUCGCAAUUUUGUCCGGGCUGGGCGGGACGCCAGGAGGUGAAUCAACCUACCAUAUCAACAUCCAGCUCUCUGCGAUCGCUCGCAGUUCAUCUUGAUUACAGCCAUGUCAAGUCUUCACAUGCAGGAAACCCGCCUGACUGUUCAUGUGUCCUUGGCUCUCUUCGCUUUCCGAACCUCGAAUAUCUCGAGGUUCUAGGCGAUAACUCUUCCUAUAGUCUUAAUCUCGGCAGCCAUUUCAAAGACCUGCCGAAAUUGAAGACGCUGCGUUUACAGCGGUGCUCUGUGUUGCCUGCUGACACUGAGUUUUUCCGCUCUUUGAAGCUGUUAAAUCGUUUGGAACUGGUGGACAACUUGAAAGAUGUGAAGUGGUCUGCAAAACACCGCAAAAGAGCGACGCUACCAUUUCCCCACCUGUCGUCUAUCUUGCUUGGUGACAAGUCAAAUGGGAAUUAUGAUAUGUCCCAGUGGAUAAGCCUGGCGCGGCUGGCCAUCCAGAGUUAUGGUUGCACCAAGUUCUCUAUCGAAGUACCAGCACGCUACCAUCGUAGCAUGUCGCGUACCCUUGGUCCUCAGGAUGAGCGUAUUCACGUCGAAGCGAAGGACCAUCUUCCCGGUUUGCUCUGUCCACCUCCCCCAGUAUACUCUUUCCAAUGGUCGGAUGACGAUGAAGAUUAUUACGAUUCCGACUUUGAUAUUGAUUCUGUCUAUGGCUUUGAUUCAUCCGACUAUGAGAACCAGGCGGAAUAUUACGCAGGAUACUGAACUGUAAGAUCACAUUUUUAACUUGCACGCCAAAGAAACGCGAUAUUGACUAUCCUUUAUAGAGAUGUAAGCACCAAAAUGUCACAUAUCAUUAUUUUCUGAUGAAUGUAUCUGGCAGAGCAGGGCAGAAUUUUGGGAGAAUAUAUCAGUACUACUGAGUAUCCUGAAAU